AUGAGCCAAGUAGACCGAACGCCUUCAGUGAGCGAUGAUUCUUCAGAUAAGAAGGUCGUUAGUGAUGUUAGUGAAGACUCUCUUGAUGGGAAGUGCUCUAACCUCCGGUCCAUUUUGAAUAUCAUUCUCACAGCUAUAGGUUUGGGUGUCAUCACCCUUCCGACUGUCAUGGCCAAGUGUGGCUGGAUCGGCGGUGUUAUUGUCCUCUUCUUCGGUGCUGCCCUGUCGGACUAUAUGGUCUGCAACCUCUACAAAGCCGUCACGAAUCAUCCCAAGGGAGAUCCUAUCAACACCUAUGAGGAGCUCGGCAGAGUCUGCUUUGGUCGAGCUGGUCAGAUCAUCACAGCCCUUAUUGUUCACAUCACCAUGAUCGGAGUUUGUGCCACUCUCCUCCUCCUUCUAGGCCAGAAUACCCAGAAGUUGGCUCCGGAGCUCUCAGUGACCGUAUGGUGCGUCAUCUGGGCAGCUAUAUGUGUUCCUCUAUCGUGGAUACGGUCCCUCAAGGACAUGUCUUACGUCGCUAUUGUAGGCCUUAUGGGCAUCAUAGCUCUCUUCGUCAUCAUUGCCGCCAAUGGUAUUGUACACGGAGUGACCACAGACGAGGAGAUUGAGUAUGAUCUCAUCAGCCAGGAUCCUCUCAACUGGGCUAUCUCGUUCGGCAAUGCAGUACUGUCCUAUCAGAUCGCCAGUGCUACUCCCAACCUACUUCGCGAGAUGAAGACACCCUCGGCUUUCCCCAAGGUGGCGUCUAUCAGUUUCUUUAUUGUGUUCUCGAUCUACGUUGGUGUUGGUGCCUGUGGAUAUUACGGCUAUGGUCGAAGUCUCGUAGAAGUGCCCAUCUUGGACAGCAUAACCCCACCGGACCAACCAUUGGAUGCCUGGGGAUAUGCCCUGGUUGUGUCGAUGCUGGCCCUAGCCUUCCCUCACUAUCUAGUCCUGCUCAUGCCCAUCGCUGCGUCCCUCGAAGAGGCGGUGAAGAUAGAAAUAAAGAGCUCGUCAAAGCGCGACUUCAUCAAGAGGGCUGUGGCUCGGACUAUACUGGUCGCCAUUACUCUCGUCAUUGCCAUCACAGUGCCCAGUGUGAAUAACCUUAUAAACCUUAUGAGUGUCUUCACAGUGAUCGCUAUGGCAGCUAUCCUCCCUGCUUUGUUCUAUGUAAGGAUGAAGGUUCUCAACGAAGGUUCGUUCGCGGCUGUGGUUAAGUCGAACUGGAUCGAAAUGUCUAUUAUCCUAUUCCUCACUCUCCUAUGCCUGCUCCUCAUGGGCGCAGGAGGUUAUGUGGCAAUCGUCACCUUCUAA